UCUCUGCACCAGCCAGACUUUUGUGUGUUUGUCCUACGGUGGAACCUGUUCUGCAUAGCUCCAGCACAACGCUGGAGGAGGAAAAAGUACUAAUCCUGUACUUUUCCUCACGGUAUUGAUAUCCGUUUGUCCAUAAGGCAUGUUUCCAUUCCAAAGUCCUGAGCGUGGAGGGGUGAAAGAAAAGAGAAAUGGUGUCUGAGAAAAAGAAGAUGGGGCAACAGCGGAUAAAAUGUGACGAGACUGGGAGUGAAAUAGAGAUGCAAGGCUCCAAGUCAAGACGGAAGGCACUAACUCGAGUGAGAGGAAGAGGGGACAGAGAGGAGGAAUCAAGUUGGAAUCGGGAAAGAAACGCGGGAAAAGGUGAAGGCUAUGAGAAACAGCUAAAAGAAAUUCUGGAUAAAGAGAUCCUGCCCAUGGUGAAAGAGUUUAACCAAAAGCUGAAUAAAGACACAGUGUAUGAGGAAAGGUUGCAAACAGCAGCAGACAAUUUCAUCGCAGCUGCCUCCAAACUGCCUAGAGUCUCUGGAUGUAUUCCCCCAUGUGGUUUUCAGAGUGCAGGUGCAGUUUACAACUGUAUUACCUGCCAGUAUGACUCCUGUGAAUUCCCCCUCGACUGUCCAGUUCAGGAAAUUAAAGUAAUGGAGAACAGCAGGACCCGAGUGUGGUGCGAGGUGCUGUUUCAUUUACCAAACAAUAUCGAGGUGGUCUGGAGGUUUGCAGAAGAGGUGAAAACCCAGCAGGUGGAUCAGUUUGAAGAAGCGACCGCAGGGUUGGACAGACUCUAUUCCAUCCCUUCAACCAACUUGCAGCAUCAGGGCACCUACCAAUGUGAGAUCUACUCAGGCCAACGCUCCAUUGUUAGACUAUACUACUAUCUCACAGGUUCCCACUACAGCAUGCAAGUUGUGGCAGGCCACACAGAGCUGCAGGAGAUAUUUGACCUGUCUCUGCUCCCAGGAGGGCAGUUACUCCCUGCGCCUGGUGGUCCUCCCAGCUCCCUCCUCCCCUCGCCACUGCUUCUCACUGCCUGUUUAACUACUUUACUCCUGCUGCUAUUCCUCUCCCUGGGGGCUCUGUAUUGGUCAUCAAUAUCACAUCAAACAAGUCAUGCAGAACCAGCAGAUGGAGAUGAAGAGAGUGGACAAAUGUAGUGCAAUAAAUGCAUUUCAUCAA